CGACGUCAAACCUUCAAACCCUCUCUCUGAUUGCCAAACUCUCUCUCUCUCUCCACCAUUUCUCUCUCCUCUCUCUGCAACUUCCUAUACUUUAUUUUUCUUGCCGAGCUCCCUUCAGUCUCAUUCCGUACAAAUCUUUGAAAUCCAUUUUGAUUUUCCCUCCUCUCUUCAUUAAUUGACCCAUUCCAUCUGUAAUUUUGGUUUGAGGACGUUGCUGCUUCAUUUUUCAUUUUUCAUUUUUUUUGGUCCCUCCUUUCUUCUGGGCUCAACGAUUUUGGUUGAGGGAAUUCGAAUUGGCGGGAGGCAACGGUAAAUUAUGCGGUUCUAGGAGGUGGGUUUUUAUUGGAUUUGGACUUGGCGUUGGAAACCGUUUGAAUUGUUGGGAGUUUCGAUGGCGAACCCAUCUGGGAACCAUCAGGAAGCUGGCCAACCAUCGUCUUCCUUCGAUGGAGGGAACCCCAGCAACGGCAAUUCGACACCAGUGGCCCCAGCGGAUAAUUCGAGUUCGGCGCUUGCGAUGAAGCACAACCCAGGUAUCUCAACGGAUUGGACAUCUGAUGAGCAGGUCACCCUGGAAGAGGGGCUUAAGAAAUAUGCCACAGAGUCUAGUGUUAUUCGGUAUGCAAAGAUUGCAAUGCAGCUACCGAAUAAGACUGUACGAGAUGUUGCGUUGCGUUGCAGAUGGAUGAACGAAAGAGUGUCUGACCCUUCAAUGAAGUCAGCACARGUUGCAGCUCGGCCCAAUGUGCCUCCUUAUGGGAUGCCUAUGAUUCCCAUGGACAAUGAUGAUGGUGUCUCAUAUAAAGCUAUUGGUGGUACAACAGGAGAGCUUCUUGAACAGAAUGCACAUGCCAUGAAUCAAAUUUCUUCAAAUCUUGCAUCUUUUCAGAUACAAGAAAAUAUCAGUCUCUUCUGCCAAACGCGGGAUAACAUCCUCAAAAUAAUGAACGACUUGAAUGAAAUGCCCGAAGUAAUGAAGCAGAUGCCGCCUCUUCCAGUGAAGGUGAACGAUGAGUUAGCGAAUACAAUCCUUCCGCCGACUGCUCAUUCUAUGCAAUCAUGAAAAAUCUUCAACAAACUUGGUUCAGCAACAACACAUUCUCUCUUCCAAAUCCACUUCCUCAAGCAAGGAAAGGAAAAGUAUAUUUUCUCAACUGAACUUACCUUCCCAAAUUCAGAAUUUUCUGCAUAUGAUCAAAUUGUUUACUGUCGGUAUAAAUUUGGUCCACAAAGUCAUUCCCCUUUAAUUUUUUUUUUCUGUUGUUUUAGCAUAUAUGGAUUCAUACAUUAGUUUCAAGAGGUAGAUUGUAACUUAGAUGCUGUGUAAUAAUUAGGAAUGGUUUUCUUUCUAAUGGACUGGGAAAUGAGAAGUAAUAAACAGGGGUUGAAUAUCGUUAUUUGUAUUUGAUGUUUCCCGCCUUUCGUUGUUCUUCUUUG